AUGGUAUUAGAAUUAUUCCAUUGUUAUAUCAUUAUAGGUAACAUCAACCAGUCCCUGUUGACUCUCGGUCGAGUGAUUACGGCGUUAACAAGUGGUGCUGGCCACAUACCGUACAGAGAGAGCAAAUUGACGCGUAUUUUGCAAGAUUCGUUGGGUGGCAAAACAAUCACCACUGUUAUAGCAACUCUGUCUCCAGCAUCGAGUAAUAUUGAGGAGUCAACGAAUACAUUGGAAUAUGCAUCGAGUGCGAAGAACAUCAAGAAUCAUCCAGAAAUCAAUCAGAAGUUGUCUCGUCGUGCCAUCCUUAGGCAAUACAACGAUGAACUGGAAAAACUCAAAAGAGACUUACAAGCAGCUCGAGACAAGAACGGUGUUUACAUUGAUCAGGAGAACUUCGAGUGA